AUGGCUGCAUCUGCACAACACGCUUCCAAGUUUGCUCGUUAUAUGAAUUCAGAAACUGGUCCAAAAACUGUUCAUUUUUGGGCUCCAGUAUUUAAAUGGGCAUUAGUUAUUGCUGGUAUAAAUGAUAUCCAAAGACCAGUUGAAAAGUUAAGUGGUACCCAACAAAUCGCCUUAUUCUGUACAGGUGCUAUCUGGACCAGAUGGGCAGGUUUUGUAAUUAGACCAAGAAAUAUGUUAUUGGCAUCUGUUAACUUCUUUUUGGGUGGUGUUGCUGGUUAUCAAAUAAUUAGAAUUGUUAACUACAGACGUGAUCUUGGAGAAAAUCCUGCACAAGUAUUCAAAUAUUUAGUGAAUGGUGAUCCAACCAAACAACUCGAAGCUGUAAAGGUUGAAGCUUCCGCUUAG